AUGUCAAAGGCCCAUGCUGAAAUAAGCCAGAAGAUCGUUGGUCUUUUGAAGACAUUACCUAAGGACAGAAUCAAACACUAUGCGUCCUUCAAAGAAAUUCAACUUGAAAGAUUCCAAAAUAAAGCAUUAGUUAAUCAGAUAUCGGAAAAAGAUUUACACUUACAAUAUCUUUCAUUAAGAGAUUUAGUUAAUGAUAAAUAUAGAAACUAUUAUAAGCUAGAUGAUAAGUUAUUAAGACCAAAGGGGAACCCCCAAUAUUAUGAACGUCUUUUAAGUGAAAUUAAGGGAGAAAAGAAGGAAACUUUUAUGAGUGCCAUUAGAACCGUUGUUUUUGGGAAAUGA